CUUGUGCACAUUACGGAUAGGACUAACGUCUUCAGGCCGACAACAACUCAGCAGGGUUCCACGGCAGGGUUCAACCAACAUUCUCGUAAUAAACUUGCCAUAAUUUCUUAUAGGACGCAUGAGUGAAACGCCUGGCAUAGAUCUGGCGGCAGAGCAAAAGCACAAGCUGCUGGGGCCAGCCACUGAGAUUGAUUCAGCUUUGCCGCCCAAGUUUCGCCACAAGCGCGGCCUCCCCGAGCAGUCUCCCGCAGAAGAAGCAACCGAGCCAGUCGUUGACGCCGCAGCUGCUGGCCCGAGCGGCUCCGGGCCUGCUCUUAUCGCUCCGCUAGCCCUGCCCCAGCCCCAGCCCCAGCCCAGCCGCUCCAGCAAGCACCCGCGCGACUCGCCCCCCGCUGCGGCCCUUGGCGCGUCCGACGACACAGACGCGCAAGCAGCAGCGCCUGGUGCCGUCCCUCAGGACCGUGAACGCGGCCGCGACCGCGACGGCCUGGGCCAGGACGACGACGACGACGACGAAGAGGAAGAGGACGGCGACGAGGACGGGCUGGGGGUGUUGCGCCGGGGUCCCAAGGCCACGCGGCUGAGUGUGUCCAAGAUCCAGGGCCGGGCCGAGCCGCGGAAGCCGCGCAUCGGGCCGCAGUACCAGGCCGUGGUGCCGCCCUGGACGCCGGGGCUGUAGGGCGGGUAGGGCCGCACAGGGCCGCACAGGGCGGCACACAGGCAGGGGAAAGGAGCGGGACGAAGGAACGGAACGAAGGAACGGGGCGUAGGCGAGGGGUACAGGCGCGAGUGGCGGAGCAGCAGGAGCAGCAGGAGCAGGAGUGCAGGCAGCGGAGGAGCAGCAGACGGCGUUGGGCGUGACAGGGAAGCCUGUGA